AUGCCCGUCACUUCGUUCAGCGUACCCGAGAAGUACAAGUAUCUGAAUGGCUUCAACAACUACCAUGAGUAUGUCUCGGGCAGGUCGUCGAGCACUCAGAGUGGCUUGGUCGCUGACAGCAUGUGUCCAGGUCCGAGGCCAUCGAAGGCGCUGCUCCGCACCGGCGCGGCGGAUAAUGGCCUGGCCAAGACCACUUUCCAUCAGAUCCCCAACCAGCUGCGGUGGGAUCCGUUCGACCUGGACAGCUCGGUGGACUGGGUGCACUCCCUCAAUCUGAUCGCCGGUGCGGGAGAUCCCAGUCUGAAAUCAGGCAUUGGGAUCUACGUCUAUGCCGCAGGGAAGUCGAUGGAACCCAAAACAGCCUUCUACUCCGCCGAUGGGGACUUCUUGAUCGUUCCUCAGCGUGGCGUGCUAGACAUUCAGACGGAGCUGGGCCAUCUGCUCGUUCGGCCGAACGAGAUCGCGGUGAUUCCACGGGGCAUCCGCUACCGCGUUACUCUGCAUGAAGAGCAGCCCGUUCGGGGCUACAUCCUCGAGCUGUAUCAGGGCCACUUCGAGCUCCCGCCACUGGGAGCGGCAGGGUCCCAACGGCCUCGCCAACCCGAGAGACUUCCAAGUUGCCUGUGGCUGCCUUCGAAGAAGACUAUGGCCCCAACACGUGUGUUGGACGAUCAUUGGCAAAACCAUACGCCGUUUGACGUGGUCGCCUGGCACGGCCGAUACUACCCCUACAAAUACGACCUGGGCCGGUUCAACACACUCGGCACGGUCAGCUACGACCAUCCGGAUCCGUCCAUCUACACCGUGCUCAGCUGCCCGUCCCACGCCCAUGGACUGGGGACCGCUGUCGCCGAUUUCGUGAUCUUCCCACCGCGGUGGCUGGUCGCAGAGGACACGUUCCGGCCGCCGUGGUACCACCGCAACACCAUGUCGGAGUUCAUGGGACUGAUCUGCGGCUCGUACGACGCCAAAUCGGCGGGGAAGGGCGGGUUUCAGCCCGCGGGGGCCAGUCUGCACAACACCAUGUCGGGGCACGGACCGGACCGGGAGGCGUUCGAGAAGGCCAGCAAUGCGGACUUGAAGCCGACCAAAAUCGGCGAGGGGAGCAUGGCGUUUAUGUUCGAGAGCUGUCUGAUGGUGGGAGUGGACGGAGUGGGGGCUGAAGACGUGCAAGAAGGUGCAGGAGAAUUAUAA